AUGGGUUUUGACAAGUUACUCCUGUCACCUGCAAUCUCAGGGCGUGACUUCUUAGCUGAAAUACCCAAUGAUAUCAACUUUGUCCCGGGACUUUUACAACCCACUCUUAGCAUGAGUACCACACAAUCAGAAAAUAAACUUUUGGAGGACGAAACUUCCCUACCACCUACUACAAGUAUUGAGAUCCUCCAUGAUCCUAACAGUAGUACACAUGAAGAAUCUAAGGAAACAGUCCUGUUAGAAACAGAGGAACCGAUGCCACAGGUGAAAAAGAAGACAUACCUUUCUUGUCCUCCACGAGGACGACUGAAUAAAAUAAUUACAUAUGGAAUUAUAUUAUUUUCUAUAUGGGGUAUAUUGUGGGCCCUCUCAGGCCCUGAAGCACUUCCUGGUGGAAACUUAUUUGCACUCUUAGUUAUUUUUUUUAGUGCAUUUCUUGGGGGAAAACUUUUGCAACUCAUUAAAAUACCUACAGUGCCUCCACUCCCACCUCUCCUUGGGAUGUUACUGGCUGGCUUUCUCAUCAGGAACCUUCCUUACAUCAAUAAAUAUGUCCAUGUUCAGACCACAUGGUCUUCAACUUUACGAAUCACUGCCCUUACCAUUAUCCUAAUGAGAGCUGGGCUUGGACUCGAUCCAGAGGCUUUGAAGCAUUUGAAAGGAGUUUGUUUAAGGUUGUCUUUCGGUCCAUGCAUCACAGAGGCAUGUUCAGCUGCUAUUUUUUCCCACUUCAUUAUGAAAUUUCCUUGGAAAUGGGGAUUUCUAUUAGGUUUCAUACUAGGUGCCGUCUCUCCUGCAGUGGUGGUCCCGUCCAUGCUGUUUUUGCAGGAAAAGGGGUACGGGGUAGAGAAGGGCAUCCCCACCUUGCUCGUAGCUGCUAGUAGCAUGGAUGACAUUAUAGCCAUCACUGGAUUCAACAUUUUCUUGAGCCUGGCCUUCUCCACAGGUGCCGUCAUUCAUAACCUCCUCUCAUCUCUUCGAGAAAUAGUUAUUGCUGUGCUGGUAGGAGUUAUUUUGGGAUGUUUUGCUCACUAUUUUCCAAGUUCUGAUCAGGAAAAACUUCCAAAGAGGAGAGCAUUCCUCAUGCUGAGCAUGUGUAUUUUUGUGGUCUUAGGCAGCGAACGUAUUGGUUUACAUGGAAGUGGAGGACUAUGCACACUAGUGCUGACUUUCGUAGCAGGGAAUAAAUGGUCGAAGGAUAAGACUGAAGUCCAGAAAAUUAUUUCAAAAGCAUGGAAUAUUUUUCAGCCACUUCUUUUUGGCUUAGUUGGAUCUGAAGUGUCUGUUGCAUCUCUUGAAUCAAAUACUAUUGGCUUUAGUGUUAUUAUUCUGUCUUUGGCACUAUGCACUCGAAUUUUAACUGCCUUUCUAUUGAUGUCUUUUGCUGGUUUUACUUUUAAGGAGAAAAUAUUUAUUGCUUUAGCAUGGAUGCCCAAAGCUACAGUCCAGGCUGUAUUAGGUCCUCUGGCUAUGGAAACAGCAAGGCUCACCUCUGCACCUGAGUUGGAAGUAUAUGCAAAAAAUGUGAUGACAAUGGCGUUCUUAGCCAUUUUGAUCACAGCUCCAAAUGGAGCUCUGUUUAUUGGCAUACUGGGGCCGAAAGUACUCACACGCCACGAUGAUUCAAGCAACCUGCACAUAAAGCUGUCAGAUUUUCAACAUCACUGAAAAGUUUUGCCACCAUCCAUUCACUUGCUGCCUAAUGAAUUACCCCCACACAAACAGAAAAAGAAAUUAAAGUACAAUUAUGUGGAGACUGUACAUAGAACCCAGGAUUUAAUAAAUAUGUGA